CUAGGCAGAAAGGGAAGCUCGUGAUUGAUGGCAGUUCCAUACACCAACUGCUUUCAGCUCCCAAAAGUUUCUUCAAAAUGUCGCCUCCUUUGCUCUUCUACCCGGCUCUGUGCCCGGUUUUCUCCUAUACAUGUUUCCCUUGGAACUUCUGAACCAGCUUUGUGUUUAGAAGCUAAGGUUGAUCCAUUGUUGGAUAGUGUCAAAUGGGAUGACAAAGGUCUGGCGGUGGCAAUAGCUCAAAAUGUUGACACGGGGGCUGUCUUAAUGCAAGGGUUUGCCAACAGGGAGGCCCUUUUAAAGACCAUUUCCUCGCGAAAGGCAACAUUCUACAGCAGGUCGAGAUCAAGUUUGUGGACAAAGGGAGAGACCUCAAUGAAUUUUAUCAAUGUUCAUGAUAUCUUCCUUGACUGUGAUUGCGAUUCUAUAAUUUAUCUUGGGAAGCCUGACGGGCCAACUUGUCACACUGGAGCUGAGACUUGCUAUUACACUUCAGUUGAUGAUUCCCUUAAAGAUCCAGAGGUUGAUGGCAAUAGACUUGUGUUAACAACUUUAUACUCGUUAGAAUCAACAAUAUCCAAAAGAAAAGAAGAAUUAUCAGGAAACUCAGAAGGCAAACCAUCCUGGACGAAGCGCUUAUUGCUUGACGAAAAGUUACUAUGCUCAAAGAUAAGGGAGGAGGCGGAUGAGUUAUGCCGAACGCUGGAGGAGAAUGAGGAUCCAUCUAGAACAGCCUCAGAAAUGGCAGACGUGCUCUACCAUGCCAUGGUUUUGCUGGCCCGGAAAGGAGUAAAAGUCGAGGAUGUUCUUCAAGUCCUAAGACUGAGGUUCACACAAUCUGGUAUUGAAGAAAAGAGCAGCCGAAAAUCAUAGGGAUGACCUUCGUCUCUACUUCAUCUUCUUUUCAAGCCCACCCUUGCUUCCAAGCAGCGCAAGGUAUCUAGAAAAUCACUUCAGCAACGAUUCUGGAGGUGGCGGCCCUUCUGUGUUUCCAUCAUCUGUUGCUUGAAAAUUCUCAUUCAUGGGAGAAUGAUUAUUAUUGUGUAAAAUGUAAAUUUCUGACUUUUGUCUUUAUCAUGUUAUUGAAAACUGUAGCCUCAGCAGUUGUUUCUGCAAACAGAAGUAGUUCUCUUCAGGUGAAUUUGUUUAUUGGUCUGAUGAUUGCAA